ACACGAGCUUAGAUUGCACGCGCACGCCACAGCGCUGAUCAUGACCACCCGAGCUUUUGUCGCCUACAGAUGGCGUAAUUCCAUUAUUUAUUCUCUCCUCCAUUGUUCGCUAAUGGAGCUUGCUCCAUGGUUCGCUCAAGGAGUUAUGUUGAUCUGUUCACUCCAUCCACUGAGAUCUGUUUAUUGUACGCCGACCAAUCAGUGAGUACAUCGGAUGGCGUACGAAGAGGGAAUAUAAUAUACCGCUUCCAUGCAUAGGAUAGAGUGGACAGUACAACGCAGACGAUAUUGUCCAUUUGUUCUUCGGGAACGAGGAUUCAGAGGUAACGUCCCCAUCACAUUUUUCAUCACAGAAACAAAAUUAUCAGCAAGACAUUGCCAAGAAACCUCGACGAUAGAUGGAGGGGGAGCACAAAGCCCGCCGUUUGUUAGUUCUCCUGUGUGCUCACAUGAGCAUGGUGAUCUUCGGGGGAACCUACCGUUGUCUUGGUGUGUUUCUGGUAGAAUGGCGGGAGUACUACGACACUUCCUCGACUCAGGUCAGCUUGAUCGUGACGGUGUUGGCAGCAUCGGGACUUCUUUCAGGGAUUCCAUCCGGCAUCGUGAUUACCAGAUAUGGAUGCCACUACGGUAGUCUGUAUGGAGGUGUUGCCUUUGUUGCUGGGACACUUACAAGUGUCUUCGCCCCAAACCCCAUUGUUCUUUGUAUUACCAUGGGAUUCUUGACAGGUCUGGGCAUUGGAGCAGUCAGGAACUCUGCCAUAGUGGCCAUUGCUCAUGUCUUCAAGAAGGGCUUUUCUCGAGCGAACGGUAUAGCACUGGCUGGCGGAAGCAUCGGCAUGAUGUUGUUUCCGCCCCUUCUGCAAUUAUGCAUCGACCAGUUCGGAUGGCGGGGAGCGAUGCUCAUUCUAUCUGGCAUGCAACUGCACAUCUUCAUCGCAGCUCUUGUAUUCCGCCCACCAAGGGAAAGUAGGACAACGGAAAACCAGUCCAAGUCAAAGCCGAGUGUCAGUGAUGAGAACAAAAACCAUGAACUGGAGCCUCUAAAAGGCGAAGAUGGAGACCAAAGUAAAAGAACUAAUCUAGAGGAAAUUAAUGACCAUUUACCUGAUGAAAAUUUAACUCAUUCAGUGGAUGUUAAUCAUUGUGAAACAAAGUUGAACUCCUGUGUUCAAGAACAAAUUGAGAUUCAUGAUGAUUCAGAAACACGAAUAUCCCGCCUUGAUGACACUCCAGAAGCAGAAAGCGUAUUGGAUGAUCAAGAAGUUAAUAAGGAACAAGAUGUGAGAAGGGUUGAUACCAAAGAGCAUCAGACUAACACUUUGCAAAUCAAUGAAGGUGUCCCAGAAGUUCUGAGUAAAAGUGAUGAGGCUCCUGGUGACCGCUCGGGCCCGAACGAGAGUGAAGCACUCAUGGACCAGAGUGAUGAAGUGAAAGUAAAAGUAAAUGAUCCGCCAAUCACCACCGUUGCUUCAAAGCGACGUCCGUCUCGCGUCCAGAGAGGACUCAGUACCUCCGGCCUCAGUCUCUUCUGCAACAACGUCGGCUUCUGCCUAUUUAACCUUUGUCAGAUCGCGAUUGGGCUUUGCUACACAGGGGUAUUAACGCACCUCGUGGCGAGUGCGGUUUACGAUGGCAUUGAUCAGCAGUCUGCAUCGUUUCUCCUGUCUGUGUUUGGUAUCGCCAAUCUGAUCGCACGGUUGGGGAGUGGUUGGAUAGUCGAUCUCCAUCUUCUGUCUCCUGAACAUCUCUAUGUCCUGUGUGUGAUUGCCUUUGGUGCCACUAUGAUUGUAAGCAGAGCUUGGAGUUCAUAUGGAUGGUAUGUCUUCGUUGCCCUUUUAUUUGGAAUUUCAGCGGGGCUUUUCAAAUCCCUCAACCCUGUUGUCUUGAAGAGAUAUGUGGGAAUGAAGUACUUUGCAAGAGCUAUAGGCAUCUUCUAUGCCUUCACCGGUGCUGGGGACCUUAUUGGCCCUGUUUUUGCAGGUGCCUUAUACGAUGCAAGCAACUCGUACGACCUACCUUUCUACGUAGCUGGAUCAGUUCUCAUUGUGUCCUCCGGGCUCUUACUAUUGGAACCACCCCUCAGACGGCUGAAGGAAAGACGACAAGCAAAGUCACGCAUGGAACCAAAUGAAUCUGCAGUUUAACAAAAGAAGUGCUCGAUAUUUAUUGUAUUCCAUAUACUGAAAAUGAUGCUGUCUGAUUGGUUAAAACCACUGUCACAUGGACAUAAAUUGUAGAUUUGCUCAUCAAACACAAGUUGGUGUUUUUGUUUUGCUGAUCUUACAGGUUAAUAAUAUCUAUGGUCUAUUUAGUAAGAAAAAAAAGAAGUUAUCAUUAGUGGAAUAUGCGCAAAAUGAAGAUCUGUUGUACUGCUUGUCUUUGGUAAAAGUGCAUUGCAACUAGCUUGGAGAAAAGUUUGUUCCACUGGCACUCACUUACUCAAAUACCACAUGACGCACUAAAAGGAGAGACUUGAUUUCCCUCUGAUGCAACUUUUUAUUAUUCAGAAAUAUACUCCCUUUCUUUCUACACUUAGAAAGUUACCUAUAUAAAAGGAAAUACAUGUAAUCCCACUUGGGUUCGUUGGAGGUAUAAAUGUACAUGCUAUCUUUCCUCGGCUUUGCUUGAAAAGAAAAGGUAUGUCGAAAUUGCCUAAAAAAAUUAUAGUUAAUCCUUCACUGUCACCAGCGGUAAUCAGUAAUUAUUUUCUGAAGGUCUCAGGGAGAAACAUGUAAACCCUGCUUGGCAUUGGCGGUGAUCAUUUUGUGAGAUUCUGGGUCCAUCUAGGGGGGGGGAGGGACAAGACGGUCCUCUCCGAAACUGGGGGGACAUGCCCCACUGUCCCCCCCCCCCCCCCAGGAUUGUUGCAUGGUACUUACAAUGGAGUCAGAUGCAGGGUGUAACCUUGGUACAAGAUGCAGUAUUAUUAUAAUUACAAGUAAUAUUUAUUUAACAGUAUUUCUAUUAGAAAAAAAAAACAGGCUUCUAGUUUACAUUUUAUUUGUAUGUAUAAUUUGGAGCAUAUGGGGAAUAUAGUCUAGAAAUACAACUUCAGUAAGGGGAAUUCAUUCUAAAGGGGAAUUUUUUUUAUUCCCUUUCAGAUUUUGACAAGAGAUUUUCAAUGGCUUUUUGUUGUCCUGCAAGCUUGAGAAUGUUCCAUUGUAGAAUUCAGGGGUUCAAAUUAUGUAUAAACUGAAGACUGAACCAUCAGCAUUCGCGGCAGAAGCCAAAAAAUUUAGGGGGGGGUCCACCUGAAAUUUUGGGAUGGACACAGGUAAAAAAUUUGACAAGCAAAAAAAAAAAAGGUUAUCAACCAAAAUUUUAGGGGGGACCACAAAAAUUUUAGGGGGGUCCACCUGAAUUUAGGGGGGGCAUAGGAAACAAAAUUGACAAGCCAAAAAAAAAAGGUUAUCAACAAAAAGAAUUAGGGGGGACCGUCCCCCCCACCUCAAAUAAAAAAAAAGUCUUCCACCGCCUACGACCAUCAGUACCAUUUAGGGGAAAUUAACAGUGAUGCAAAAUAACAGGAAAUAUAUUCUGGUGUCUAGAAAUGGCCCGUAAAAUUGCCCCUCAGGAGAAUGCAUAUCUUUUCAACUUUUUUUCUUCAAAAAGUUUGUGGUUGUAUUUAUCUGCUAUUUUUUGUUGAGAAAAGCCCCCAUGGAGUUUGUCUUAAUACCUGACAGUUCAAAAUGCCUAAAAAUUUACUUUGCAAUAAAAUUAUCAUGAUUUUAUCAUAAAUCACCCUAUCAUUUAUUCCUUGAAUCCCCCAUAGCAAAAUGGUGAAAGUUUGAACGAUGUCGGACAAGGAAUUAAGAAGUAAUGGCUGUUUGAAAUCUGAGAUCACUUCAACUGUGUAAAUCGCCAAUUUGCAUUAUGCUGAGUAAAUUGUGACCAGUGUUAGGAACUUCUUUCCCAUUUGUACUUGAUUAUGAGGAAUUUGUGGUUUUCUCAUCUAUAAGCACCCUUCCCCCAUACCCUAUAUUGUAAUGGCAUCACCUAAUGACCAAUGAGAAACCCCCAUAGGUAUGAUUACUAUAUUUUUUUAUUUACAAAUUUCAUGACUUUCUGAUUUGUCCGACUUAGCUCACACUUUCAACAACUUACAAACUAUAAUUUAAGUUUGGGUCCCUUCUGAUGACAGAUAUCAAUAUAUUUCAGAAUGGAAUCUUAUCAUAUAUCCUAAAUUCAUACAUUACAAGUGUUUAAUGUUUCUAGAAUUUCAUUGUCAAUGAAUUGUGCUUUUCUUAAGAAAAAAUAUGCUGUAUGUUGUCAUAUUUUUUAUUUGCAUUUUAAUUUUCAACUUGAGCAGACCAUGAUUUUUAAAAACUAAAAUGGAUAUUACCUUUAUCCAUGAUAUUGAAAUUAUCCCUAUACAGAAUGCAAGAAUUUUUUGAUUAAAAAAUAUAUAGGUAUCUGUAUAUUGUAUAGUGAAAAAGAAUAUGAAAUACUGCUAUACGUUAUUAAAAAACAGGUAGUUCCCGAAAGUAUCCUUUCUAAACCAGGGUAAAACGAUGCUAUAUUUUAUUUAUUAAUCCUCUGGAAUUUCCAAUGUAGUUGUCUGUACAUAUAUAUCUCUAAUACAGGUUAUACAGGAUAUCCGGAGCUAGUAUUUGAAGCCGUUCAAGAAAGUCUAUUUCCAAUAGGGUAAUACAUUGUUUGAUAUAAAAAUUGUAAUGUGACAUUUCCAGGGUAAAACAAUUUUGUUCCUUGAUCCACUUUUUUAAACACAGGAUAACCCCCCAUUUACUACACAAUUCAUUGUAACCAUACUCUCAUAAUGCAGUGAAUACCAUUUUCUUACAGGGUCAUCAUAUGCAGUGAAAUUUGUAAGGGUGAAGACAAUACAUUCAAAUUAUUAUAAAAGCUCUGCACUUUCAGAGUUUAUAUUUUUAAACCAAUUUAAUUAAGCAUUUUCAUUGCAUGCAAAGAUUAAUGCCACACAACUUACCCCCUUUAUAUUGAUACCAGUUAUUUGGUGCUUAAAAUAUAUUUUUCUUUUUAUUUCCAUACUAGCCACAGUAUUUUUACAUUAUUGUCUAAAAGCAAACAAACAAAAACAAACAUUGUGCCAUUCAUGUUUUCAUCUUCAACAUGUUUCAAAAUAAAGGAUGUUAUAAAUGUGUGUAUCCAAAUGUGCAUAUAUUGAAUUAGAUUAAAAUAUUUAAGGCCAUUUAUAGUGAAAUUUGUCAUGGUGAAGAAAACAUAUCCAAGCUUUUGAGAUAAAAUUGAUUUUUUGUUGUUGCGAUUUUAGAGUGCAAAUUUGAGCUUUUUUUAUGGCAUUCAACGGUGAAUGCUGCACAACUUUCACCCUUUUUAUUGAUACCAGUUAUUUUGGUGCUAUAUGAGUUAUAAUUUCUUUCUUGUUAUUUCUAUACUAUCUGUGGUAUUUUUACAUUAUUGUGAAGAGCAAAAAAAAUACAUUGUGCCAUUCAUGUUUACAUCUUUAAAAAUUUUUAUGAUAAAGAUAUUUUCAAAUGUGUGCAUCCAAAAUGUGCAUAUAUUUGCAAAUUAAAUUACAACUCACAAAUUACAUUAAUACCAAAGUUUUCUAUACUAAAAAUCUAUUUUGUAAGAAAUAUAUGUAUAUUUAAAGGUGCAAUUUAAAUAAAUUGAUGGGAUGGAUCACUUAAAAUUUGUAGAAUAAGUUUUGUCCUUAUUAAUUAUUGAUUUGCAAUAUUCAUGUGUUCUCUCUUUAUCUUUAUAUUCAUAAUUUUUCCCCUCCCCCUCUCUCUCUCUCACUCUUUCUAUUUCUCUCUCUCCCUCACUUUCUAUUUCUCUCUUCCUUUUUCUCUUUUGCUAUUUCUACCUUUCAGCUAUGUUUCCAAUAUCUCUGUUUUGGGGUCUAAUGUAGCCUAAAAUCUGUGUUAUAAAGUGAUAAUACAUAACCAAUAAAUAAGAUUUUGGUGUUCUUGUAUUAGGGAAAGAAGUUUACAAGUGGUGGUGCUGAUAUGUUUCAUCAGUGUAUUAUCUAAAUUGAUGAAGAAAAUGUAAUUCCAGUAAAUAUACAUAUAACAUGUAAUUUUUUAAUUAGCUGUUCAUUAAACUCUUGAACAAUC